CUCAUGGCUUUUUUUUUUUUUUUUGUAACCAUGUAAUUUUACUGUUUAAUUAAAAAGAGAUUUUUAUUAUGUCAUGCGGAGAAUAGUUGCAUAACUGUAGCUUUUCUUUUUUUUUUUCGUAAUGUCUCAUUCACUUGAAGCGAUUGACAUUUACAGAUUUCUGUCUUUUGUUCAUCAGCAAUCUCGAGACUUACUUGACCCACUCUUACUGUCACUGAGAUCACCUCGUUUCGGCCCUGUUUCUGCUAUAACAGCACGUUGGUAUCCGACAUUAUCCAGUACGAUACCUGAACUAGCUACAGACUUUCAACGUCUCAUGUCAGCUGCUGAAAGUAAUCCAGAGGAUGACACGAUGCUUCGACGAGUAGCGGAUCAUUAUCCACUGAUCUAUCGCGUAUCCUGCUUCUUAGAAACCGAUGACCAGGUCGAACUCUUUAUUCGAUGCCUCUCUCUUGAUCGAACGACAUCUGUUGAAGAAGUCAAACCAAGUCUCUUUCAAUUCCUGAAUCUUCUUGAGAGCGAUACCAGGCAGUGCAUCGAACGCGUUUUGGUUGAAGACCCACAUGGUUAUCUAUCCAUCCAAGAUUGUACGCCCUCAGAUGGUUUUCUAGAUCUUGACAGGCUGUCUGAGGUCAUCGAUGAUUCAGUCUUAUUUGAACAAAUCAUGGCAACCAUUCAGUCGAAUGCGGCGCGUGGACUACCAUGGAUAGAGAGUGUGCAACAGAUUUAUGAGUUGGUGCGUGAUAGAGGUCUGUGGGAACAACUGGCGCCUAUCUUGCAGCAAGUCAUCACAGAUCCAAAUGAGUAUAAUUCUUAUGAAGAAUAUGUACAAAAGAACUUUUUGGAUGAUGGAGGACAACAGUACUUGGAUCAAGAAAUCGAUCGUACUCAAGUAGAAUUCAUGCUUCAAAACCUGAAAAUGUAGUCUGCGGCAUUAUUGUCAUAUCACGCGUACCCGUGUACUAGGAUAAUGAUGAUCCACUGAUCCUAUAAAAAAAGUGCUUUUAUGCAAGAUGAUGUCAAAUCGGAUUUAUUGUUCCCAAAUUCAGACACAUGAAUAAAAAGAUAUAAACACAGAUUUUUUUAUUAC